AUGGCGCUGCGCCCUAUCUCCUGUGGGUAUGAACGUUUCCGGCUGGAAGACCUUUCGCUCAGCAUCGAGUCCGGCCACCGUGACAUUGAUGAGGACAGAGUCUCCGAGCUUCUCGCCAGACUGCAAGCAGGUGAGUUCGGAACUGCAAGAUCGGUUGCCCAGCCCACUGUCAGACUCGACAGUGAAGGAAACCAAAUGCGCUGCCCCGAUGGCCUGCUGAAGUUGGCUGACGGGAAGCAGUGGGUGUGCGCACUCGUUCGUGCCAAGGUCAUCUGGCAAGACGCAGAGCAGUCAGACUGGGUCACUGCUCCCCUUCUUGAGGUCUUUCAGAUGGGCCUUCCGAUGGAGAAGAUCAAGUUCCAGGAUGAUGAUGAGGCCGCCGUCAGACUCUUUUGGUCCAUGUCCCACGAAGGUGAGAACACCAAGGUGCGUGCCCACAGCGUGCACUUGAAGGUGCAGAUCUGCAAGACCUUCAUGGAGAAGACGCCUGGCGGAGACACCGCCAAGGCUGAGGCUGCCAUGGUGGCGCAGCUGGGGCCAUCCAAACGAUCCACAGUGCACCUUUGGAUGAAGGCUGCAAUUACACUGACAGACUCUACUUUGUGCUUGCUGGCAACACGACCUGACCUCACCCAAGGAUACGUCUUCGGCAACCCUUUCCUGACUGGCUUGGGUGAGGAAUCUCGUCAGAGGCUUUCGGUGGAUUUCGCCGAAGCUUCCUUGAGAUGCCUAUUCGACACGCUAGACCUGGACAGGGGCGUCACGAAGGAGCAAUUCAAGACCGAUUUCUGUGCCCAGAACUGGGCGAAGCUCACAACGCAGAAGUACGGCUCGGUUGUGAAGCAAGUCCCUUCUUUCGAUCGCACUGUAAAGAUGCUUAUUUCAGAGCGGGGCCGUGUGAAGAUCAUGCUGCUUGCAGGCAAUGGCUCAGCUAGCUUUGAGGCCAACAUCCCCAACUCUGGAAUCGAAGAGUGUCGCAAGACGAUCGAAGCCCUCGAGGAGAAGAAGAGCGGCAAGACUGAUUCUGGAGGGCAUGCGUCAGAUGCUGCCGCGGAGGAGCCUGUCAAUCAGGAUAAGCCAGACGACCAGCAGCAUGAGGACGUUGACAUGCUGGCAGACCAUGCGUGCGACGUGGUGGUGGCCCCUGAGACUGAGCCUGAGGACCCACUCGUGGUGAAGGCGACCGAGCUCUCGGCCUCCAUCCUCGAGAAGAUCCAUGUCCUUAACUGUCCGUCAGACUUCAAGGAGGCCGUGAAGGGUUUGAAGGCGCACUGCCGUGGCAUCAUCCUUGUGGAUCAGCCAACCUCGAAGGCUAAAAUCAUUCUUGAUUCCUUGGAUUUGGCUUGGCAUGCAGUCGCACAGGCUCUGCCAGACCCGAUGAAGUACGUCAGUGUGGGCAUCACCAUUGGACGGCGGUUCGACCUCAUCCCCUUGGUCACCGCCAGACUCCACAAACUCCUGCCAAACCGUCAGCCGUUCGUCGUCCAGAUGACGGCCGGGGAUGGCCAGACAAAGAACAAGAGGCCAAGCUACUUGAUCUACCAGCCCAGCACUUCGUCAGACAAAGACAUGGUGCCAACAACCGUCCCGUGCAACCAAGUGCGGGCGUUUUCGUGGGAAAAACUGCGGUUGAGGUGCACAGAUCCCACCUGUCCCCUACGUCAGGCGCCCGUCCCGGAGGACACUGACGAACCGCCGCAUGUCGACGAAGAGUUCCCGUCAGACGACUUGGAAGGCCGCGACCAAGGCCAAGACGAGCAGGACGUCACAGAGAAGCUUUGUGAGCCAGACCUUGAUGUGGAGAUCGACAAAGCCCCGAAGAAGAAGAAGAGCAAGGCCGAAAGAGAGCUGGCCCGGGAGUAUAAGGUCGAUGUCUGGUUGUUUGCAAACGCGCAAGACCACUACGUCAAACUCCUGCAGGGGGCUUUCCAGAGCUCACAGGCCUCCUGGUCAGUGGUGACCACCCGAACUUCGCACCCGGGGGCUCUUGUGGCAUGCCAGACCCAGACCGGCGAGGUGGUCGCCCUCGUUCAGGGUCCUUCACGGCACAGCAUGGAGCACGGCAAGGUGCUGCUGGAAGAGAUGGCCGCGCACUUGAAAAUGGAUGAAGCAAAACGGCUCAUCGGCAACAAGAGGGCGAGGCCUGUGCAGGCAGAUGACAUACCGUACAUCUUCAUGCAGGCCCCUCCUUGGCAAGAACAGGUCGUGUAUGUGAAGGAAGUGAGCCUGGGUGCCUCGCCUGGGCCCUUUGAUGGGCUUAACCGCCGGGUGUCAGACUUGGAGACUGGGAUGGAGAAACUCUUGCGCAGAGAACUCUCGGCUUGGGACCUUGCGUUGGCCAUGUCAGAUGGCAAGACUGCUGCUCGGCUUCAUUUGGGCGGUGUUACAGGCAGGUGA